CAUAAACUGUCGGCCAAAAUGCAAACUCGCAUACACAAUCCCAUCGUUACACGUGCGCAGGCAGCCUAUACCUUGCAAAACCAGAAAUGGCAACCCCUCUCAUUCUCGACGGUGGCAUGUCGCGCGAACUCAUGCGUUUGAAUGCGCCAUUUCGACAACCCGAAUGGUCAGCCCUUGCGCUCAUCGAAGCUCCACACCUGGUGAAACAAGUCCAUCACGACUUCAUCGCAGCCGGAGCCGACAUCAUCACCACAAACUCAUACGCACUUGUCCCCUUUCACAUUGGCGAAGAGCGCUUCUGGAAACAAGGUGCCGAGCUCGCCGUUCUUGCGGGUCGCUUGGCACGUGAAGCAGCCGAUGCUGAGAGUACCGCAACUGGGCGCAAGAUUCUGGUUGCAGGCAGCCUGCCGCCGAUAUUUGGCUCGUACGAGCCUCAAAAGUUCGACAAUGGCCGCGUGAAGGAGUACCUUGGCGUGCUCGUUGCUUCGUUGGCGCCGUACGUGGAUGUCUGGUUGGCAGAGACGCUGAGCUUGAUCGCUGAGGCUGUCGCGGCGCGGCAGGCGACAAAGGCCACGGGAAAGCCUUUCUGGGCUGCGUUCUGCCCGGACGAUGCACAGGAUGCGAGUCCGAGUGCAGUUCGCCUCCGCUCUGGCGAGACGGUGGAGCAGGUCACACAAUGGGCAAUUGCAAGUCACAUUGAUGCAUUGCUGUUCAAUUGUGCUCGCCCGGCCUACGUGGAGGGGGCCGUCAGAAUCGCAAAGGAUACGAUGGAACGGUCCACAGAGCAAUCUCAAUGUGUACUUGGGGUCUACGCGAAUGCCUUCGCUCCUAAAUCAAACGAAUCCGCAGCCAACGAGAGCAUCUCUGCUGUGGAUGAGGCGCUCGAUCCGGAAGCAUAUGGUCAGCAUGCAGCGAAAUGGGUCUCAGACGGAGUCAGUAUCGUUGGCGGCUGUUGUGGAGUUGGCCACGAGCAUAUUCGUCAGCUAAAAGUAGUUGCGUCUUGAAAUGCGAUGUGUUAGAUGCCAAUAGCUAUGAUGUAUCUAAACUAUACGUAGUAGAUGCUCUAUAGAAAGACUACAAUGUCUUAUAGGUGUAUUAUUAUAAUAUAAAAAACAGAAUCUUAUAUUAUAAAACUAUAUAUAGCUAUUAUACAUAGCUUAUAACUUUAUAAAAUAG